UUUACACUCAUCCCUCUCCUUCAUCUUUCUUCCCCCGCCCCAUCGCUUCGAAGGAAUCCCAGAAUCAAGAUAACAGACACGUCGUCGUUCCUACCCAGACAUGGACCAACUCGUUCCGGAACUCGAAAACUAGGCGCUACAGUUGUUAGUUGCUAUUUGCCUGGGGAAAAAAAAAGAAGAAAGCCUUUGAAGUGAUUGAAAUACAAGGCAACAACAACAACAACAGUAUUACCAAUAGCAACGGCAGCAGAAGCAACAGCAACAUCAACAAAGAUAGCAGCAGCAAUUGCAGAAAGUCUUACCACCACCACCACAGCAGUUGUUUGGGUUUUUUAAUAUUAUAGUGCAACAAGGAGAAAAUAUUAUUAUUAUUAUUAUAAUCACUUAGCUGGUUAUGACUUCAACAGCAAGAAUAUAAUUAUUGCUUAGAUGGAUUUGAAAUAUCAACAACAAAGACAACAGCAACAAUGAUAAGUGGAAUAUUAUUACCAUUAUUAUUGCUUAGCUGGGUAUGAUACACUUGAAAUAACAACAACAACAACAGUAGCAGCAGCAGAGAUGUUUUAUUAACUUGUCUGGCUUUUUUAGUGAACUGGUUUCAGGAACAAACAACAACAGCAGCAGCACCAGCAGCAAGCAUAAACAUGCAUAAGAUAACAGCAACAGCAGCAGUAAAUGACAAGUGUCAUUACAAUAUUAGCAGUUUGCCAUUCCAAGGGUGAUCCAGUUGUAAUACCAUCACAGUGCAUGCAAACAAACAACCAACAACAACAGUGAUAGUAACAUUGUCACUUCCCCAGUGUGAAAUACAUAUACUCACAUAAAUAUAUAAUGAGUAUUAAGUAUCAAAUGAUUGUCAACAACCAAUUGUAAACAUGAGCACAAACGUGACAACAUUAACAGUAUAAAUAAGCGCUGAUUUUUUUCCCCUUGAAUCAAUGGGGGAGCCUCUACAUGGUUACACAAACUGCUGGAAAUAGUAGCUGAAUAUUUCCAUUGAAUCAUCACAGUAUACUGUGCUAAUUGAGGUAAUGACAUAUUAGAUAAUGUAGGACUACAAAAAGAUGAGUUGGUCAUGAUGGGAACAUCUCUGAUCACAGGUCUGCUCAGUCAAGCUUGAUCUUGGGAUAAAAGCAAAACAACUACAAUAACAACCUGCUAGAAACAGCCUAGAAAGAGUAGCCAUAUCUUCCUGAUAUCACACACAUUCUUUUGAAAAGGGAAGGCUAUAAUAGAUAACAUAAUCUUAGAUACAUCAUCCCUGAAAAAUAAAAAUUAGAUGUUGAUAGUCAUGGCUGGAAUGUCUUUCAUCAUAUGUCCACUCAAUCAAAGUUGACUUGGGACUAAAAAAAUCAAUAAUUACCACCACCAUCAUCAUCUUUAACAACAACAGCAGCAGUGAACAUCAAAUGUCUAUGAACAUCAAACAUUGGUUAUCAUCAACUUGCAGUAGGCAUCAAAUAUUGGUCAAAUGGCCUCAGAAUAACAUCCUCCCUUUUUCCAGUCAACUUCAAAGACCCUGAAAAUUUGAAAUAAGGUUUCAUGGGUGUUACUCUUUUCUCCCUAAGAAAAAAAGUUGAGCAGUAUGUGAUAGUGGACAUUGAACAGCAGUGAACAUAAAAUAUCAAUGAACAUUAAAUGCUGGUCAGCGUCAGUGAGUAUCUGUAUCAAAUGUAAACCAAUAUUGAAUGGAACAUCCAGCAUUGGUAAACAAAAGUAAACAUUAUCAGACAUCAGUGAACAUUAAAUGCUGGUUAGCAUCAGAGAAUAUCAAUAUCAAUGAAAGCUGAUAUUGGUGAACAACACCCAACAUCAGUGAACAUCAAAUGUCAGUGAACACCAAAUGCCAGCCAGCAGUAGUAAAUGUCAGAUAUGUAUAUGAAUAUGAAGUUGGAUGGUCAUGGCUGGAAUGACUGGUGUGUUCAACAAGAGAUGAUCCUUGGAGUACUAAACAACAACAGCAGAAGUUUAGAAAGCACAUCACCACUUUCAUAAUUAGCAUAGCGACAAUCCCUUUGUCACAACAACAAUAAUAAUAUCAACAACAAUAAUAAUAUCAACAACAAUAAAGUGCCUCAGAUUUAACAGAUGGGUAUAGUUGAUUAUAUCAACUCUGGAAGAAGAAGGGAAGGUAACGUUGGCCUACAUGAGAUUUGCAUUCAGGAUGUAAAAAGCUGGAACAAAUAAAUAAUAAUAAUAAUGAUUUCUUUUAAUAAUAAUAAUUUAUUCUAAUUGCCACCAAAGCUGUUUUAUAUUCAUUCAUACAAUAAUAACAUUACAUAAACUAGUUGCAGAUAUUGAGGAGAUAGACAAAAGAAAGAUAUAUAAAAAAUGGGAAGAGCUAAACAAGUUAUACAUUUAUGAGGACUUGUUAACAAUUUAAUUAUAAUUUAUAAAUUUAAAAUUUAUUUUUAUAAGGAUAUGUUAAAAAUUAAACUAUUAAUAUACUUUUGAUAUUUAUUUUUAUAAGGAAUAAAUUAAAUACAGAUUAACCCUAUUAUUAUUUAUAUAUAUAAAUAAAUACAAUAGUUUUGUUAAAAAACAUAAUUUGAAUAUAAAAUGAUAACCAUUUAGGGUAACCCACCCAUAUAUGUUGGAGAACUCACCAGCUAGGUCAGGUCAGAGAACCCCAAGAACCAAAUUACCUGCUAAAUAAUAAUAAUAAUAAUAAUAAUAAUAAUUAUGGUUUCUGAUUUAGGCAUAAGGCCAGCAAUUUUGAAGAGAGGGGAUUAGGCAAUAUCAUUGAAUCCAGUACUUGACUGUUACUUUAUUUUAAUUAAGCUCCAUUAAAAAUGAAAGCUAGGUCAUACUCAACAGGUUUUGCACUAACAAUUCAUACUCUAAAAGGGAGGUAGCUAAAUAACUAAAUUUUAUCAACUACCAUUUUGUUUGACUCUUGCCUCAUGAGAAGUCCUGCUGCAGGAGAAGAACUGAGAGAAAUAGUAGCUAAAUCUCCUCCAAGUCGUAACUUACUGUCUAAUGUAUGUAUUUCUAUAUAUCGGGGUCAAAGAGGGAGAUAUUUAUAUGGUAGCAAGACAUAAUCAAAUAUAGCAACGAAAAGAUCCUCUAAUCACACCUUACUGACUUAUAUAUCCAAAUUGUAGCUAUAUCAAAUAGAAAUAGUUGCCAAGUCUCCUUCAAAUCAAACUUAGGUACUUACGUACAAACUAAUGAGACAGGCCUCUAAUAUAAAUGGCAUCCAAAUCUUCCUCAUAUCACAUUUUACUGUCUUAAAAAAAGGAGAUUGGAAGACUAGGUUAGUUAAUGUAAGGUCCUAUAUAUAUAUAUAUUCCACAUAAAAGUUUGGAGCUGGUCAUACCUGUAUCAUCUUUCAUCCCACAUCUAUUAGAUUGGAGGAUGAUAUGGUAUUGAAGAAUAGUAACAACAUGACAACAGGAAUUUAGCUCUUAACAGCAUUAAAAACAACAGCAGAUCAACAAUAGCAACAAGAAUAAAGCAACAUGAUAACAACAACUAACUAAUAAAGGAGCCUGUAAAAGGUCACUUGUCUUGUUAACGCCCUCAAGUUAAACCCUACCAUCUUAAAAAAAGAAAAGAGAAGCCAUAUGACAUAGUCCUAUAUAUUCUGAUAAAUUAAAACUUGAAAGAUAGGAUGAUCACAUCUGGAAGUCCUUUGAUCAUGGAUCUGCUAGAUGAAGGUUCACCUGCUGUUAAACUAUUACAAUAAAACAAUAACAAUGUUUCUGAGAACAAUCAGAGUAUUGAAGACUAUGGUUUGGAAGUAAAGAAUUAUGCAGGGAUGGAUAAUAUCAACACAUUACAUAGCUGGCAAGGGGAGCCACAAUAUCAGCUCCAUUUAGCCGCCCUGACCUCACUGAAGGAGGAAAUAAUAGAUGUCUCAAAUCGUCUCCAACAUGUCACAGGGGAGAAGAACAUGCUGGAAAAGCAGAUUAACAAAGCUCAGACUGAUAAAUUACGUAUACAACGAGAUUAUGAUGAUAAAGUGGAGAAAAUCACAUCUCGCUAUGAGGAGAGAAUCACAGAACUUCAUAGCGUCAUCGCUGAGCUACGCAAAAAAAUUGAUAGACACAACAUAAAUAUUAUAAGAGAAGAAGAUGAAUAUGAAGACCAGUCAGAUGCUGGGCAAAGUGCCAAAAGCAAUGAUGACUUGGGUAGUGUUAAUGAUGUCAUUAGUCUAAAUGAGAACAAUGCUAAUGAGUCACUGGCAGCAAGCAUAGCUGCAGAUAUUGGGCCAGAAAUAAAUGCCGACUACACACAUGGCUUGGUUCACGGGCUGCCCUCACUCAGCCGGAAAAACCUUACAGCAGUAACACGGAUGGCUGCUGCAGCUGACGCUGCCACCUCCAGUGAUGGUGACACUGGUGGUGGUGGUGGUGGCGGCGAUGUCAGCACUGGUAUGGUUAAAGCAGUAAACAGGAGCAAGAGAAGGGAUGCUGAUAGGGAGAAUGACAAUGAUGGUGACGAUGAUGACAACAAUGAUGGCGAUGUUGAAGGUGAUGAUGAUCAUCAUCAUCCUCAUCAUCAUGAACGUCAUCAUGACGAAGACUACGACGAUGAUGAUGAUGAUAAUGACGAUGAUGAUGAUGAUGAUGUAAUGAUAGAAGACAAGAGAAAUGUGAAAAUGACAAAAAGUCGUAGUAUGGCCCCACACAUGGAUAGCUUUGAAGAUAAUGUAAUGCAGAUUUGUAAGAAAGUGAAGGAGUUUAGCUUUGAUUCAGCAAAGAACAUGAGUCGGAAGUUGAAGCCGACCUUCCACCCACCUCCUCCACCACCCUCUAACGACCUUCCUCCAACCUCUGACCUUCAGGAUGAACUCAACAACCUACGACAACAUAACAACACCCUCACAGAGCAGGUUGGACGACAGGAGGUUGAGUUGAACACAAUGAAGGUUCACAUGUGUACGAUGAGGGAUGACAGAGACCGGUUCAAGAAGAAGGUUUUUUUCUUUUAUUUUUCUCUCCAUUCCAUUUCCUUUGUUAUUACUUUUGGUUUGUGUAUUUUGUUUCUUUGUUUUUAAUCUUGUGCAUGUGUG